AUCCACCGGCCUCUUUAUUCUGCUAGCAUGAGUCCAUCCCUUCUCUGCUGUGCGGACUGCGGAGUCAGUGGUGAUUAAAACCAGUCGCCACGCCUUUACCGACGGCCCUUCCGACUCCCUUCGCUCUGCACGGCGCAGCGCAGCGCGGUACCUCCGCAGUGCUCCCUGGACGAAAUUUCGCCAGGACUCUCGCGAGAGCGGGCAGUUCUAGAUGCUCCCGACGCCUCCUACAUUUCCUCUUCCCUGCCGCUGUCAGGAGUUGAGAUCCAAAAAUGGUGCGCUACUCUCUGGAUCCAGACAAUCCCACGAAAUCAUGCAAAUCACGGGGAUCCAACCUGCGAGUGCAUUUCAAGAACACUCGAGAGACUGCCCAGGCCAUCAAGGGCAUGCACAUCUGCAAGGCCACCAAGUACUUAAAGGACGUCACCUUGAAGAAGUAAUGUGUUCCCUUCUGGUGCUACAACGGAGGAGUCGGUAGAUGCACCCAGGCCAAGCAGUGGGGCUGGAUGCAGGGAUGCUGGCCCAAGAAGAGUGCAGAGUUCUUGCUGCACAUGUUCAAAAAUGCAGAGAGCAAUGCUGAGCUCAAGGGUCUUGAUGUGGAUUCUCUAGUCAUUGAGCACAUCCAGAUCAAUAAGGCUCCCAAAAUGUGCCGACGCACCUACAGAGCACAUGGUAGGAUCAACCCCUACAUGAGCUCCCCCUGCCACAUCGAGAUGAUCCUCACUGAGAAGGAGCAGAUCAUUCCCAAGCCAGAGGAGGAAGUUGCUCAAAAGAAAAAGAUAUCCCAGAAGAAGCUGAAGAAGCAAAAGCUAAUGGUCAGGAUUAAAUCUGCUCUGCCAGAUGUACAUAAAUAAAAUGAGAAAGUUUCGAUUUA